GCCCUGGCUCCAUUUAAAACUCUGACAAACAAAACAAAUUUUACGCGUAAAUUAAGGGAACGGAACAAUUGAAACCAACAAAGGCAACAAACUGAGCAACCAGGCAGUAGCAUGUAAAGAUGCUAAAUUACAUCAAAAGGCAGACGAGCCGUCGUCGCAGCAGCGCCCACGACGCCCCGGUGGCUCCCACUGAUGAUGUGGACGUGAUAGACUGUGCGGCGCAGAAGCGCCAUUCGCUGCGGUCCACAACCAGUUUCUGUGAUGAGGUUUUUAUGGAAGAGGAGGAAGGUGGCGGUAGCGGCAACGGAGGCGCAUUCGAUGCCGUCAGCCUGCUGAAUGGCGGGGGCCCUGAUGAUGACAUGUUCAAAUACAAUUCCCGGCUCUCGAUGGACUUGGCGGCCAUUGUCAGCGAACCGAAUUGCUUGAGCUAUUUCAUUCAGUACCUGGAGACGCGACAGGCCCUGCCAUUGAUAAAGUUCUAUCUGGAUAUAGAGAACUUUAAGAGGGCGGCUGUGGGCCAGACCGAGCGGGAGAGGGUAGAGCCCGAAGCGCCUGCAACCAAAGCGGAACAGAAGCCAAACGAAGAGAACGAUGUACCUGAACUGAAGACGCUGUGCGAUCUAUCUAUGCGGAAGCCCCUCACGGACGACGAGAAGAGCCGCAUCUAUGCGGAGACUAACAAACAGAUCAACAAACAGAAGGCCUGCAGCGAGCUGUCGCUGGCGAGCAUCAGCGAUGCCAUAGCCAUCUAUCAGAAGUACCUGAUAGUCAAUGCGAAUCUGCAGGUGGAGUUGCCCAUUGUCAUUCUGGCGCACAUAUCCCUGCUGCUCUGUGGCAGGGAUAAGACGCUGCCGCACCAUCCUAUCCCUGCAAGCUGCUUCGAUGAGGCUCGCGACUAUGUCUUGGAGCAGCUGGAGCGAGAGCAUGUGCAGGGCUUCCUGCAGAGCAGCUACUACUGCAGCUACUGUCUGGAGCUGAUCGAGGGCGAGGGCACGAUCAACAUCUACGAUGUCCUAUACAGUGAACUGGCUCUGUUCUACUUCACGGAGUAUCUGGAGCAGCAGCAGGAGCGCGAGUGCCUGGAAUUCUGGAUCACGGCCAUCAAUUUUCGCAAGAGUUUCGCCGGCGAUGAGGACCAGCAGGCAGCCCAGGCCGAUGCCAUGAUCAUUUACGAGAGGUACUUCUCCCUGCAGUCCGAGUGUCGUCUGUGGAUGUCCCAGAAGCUCCGGCUGCGCGUGGAGCAGGCCAUCUGUGGCCCCGAUGAGAUGUGGCAGGCCUUCGAUCUGGCUCUCCUCGUCACGGCCAAGUAUCUGGAACAGAAGUACUUUGCCGAUUUCCUCAAGUCCCACAUCUUUGACAAUUAUGUCAAUGAACUGAAGGCCAAGCGGGGAACUCUUGUCGCCGCGCAGGAUAUGCCCGACUCCAGCAACAGCUCGCUGUCGGGGCUGCAGCACAAACUGAGCCUGCGGCGGGCUUCCAAGGUGUCCGCCCAGCAGAGGCAUCGCAAGACCAUGUCCAUGUCGGACUGCACGCACAUCUCGCAGCACAAUACCCUGCUGGCGGCAAUGGAUCAGCACACGAAGUCGCCAGCAGCCGCUUCAGGAAAUCUGAACAUCGAUGCCCGGCAGCUGACGAAUCCACAGCUGCUCUGGCAGCGACCAGUGGGUGCUUUGAAAUUUGGUUUUGUCAACUCCCUGGGACGCUACGAGCGAGACUUUGAGGCCGUGGAUGCGGUGGCGCUCAAGUCGCAGCCGUGGUCAUUAGGCGUCAGCGGGAGCAAGAUCAAGAAUGCCAUGCGGAAGCUGGUCAAUCUGCCAGAGGACAAUGUGCAGGAGGAGAUUGCCUGGCAGGUGGCCGAGAUGAUUGUUAAGGAUGUGACAAGCAUUACCCUCAAGGGCGCCUCUGGUGUGCCUUAAGACUCUAUCUCUUCCUCGCCUAAUGUGCUUUUUAUUUAAAUCGAAUUUUAAGAAAUUAUUUCUCAAAUUUUAUACAUACUUACAAUAUUUAGUUUAUAAUUUUUGGCGCUCAAUCAAAUCAAACAAUAAGUGCACAAAGGAAAUCUCAACGAAGCUCUCUCUCUCUCUCUCUAAACACCUUUAUAUUCCACUUCCCCCCCCCACCACUCUCUUAUGUACAAAAUAUGUUGAACAAAAAAGCAACUUUUUAUUAUUAUUAGCUAUUUUACAUAUACAUAUAUUUAUGUUAUAUUUAUGCUGCUGUGCGCUUUGAAAGCCUAUUUUGAAUUCAGAGCUAGCGAUCGCUCAUUUUUGUUAUUUAAAGCGGAUAUCGCAGUCUCAAAUAUGUAUAUUCAAGAAGUAGUAGAAGCUAUAUCCCUGAAUGGGAAUGAUGGAUCGAUCGCUCGCAAACCGUUUUGAUUUGAUUUCAUUCCGUUUAUUGUUUUAAUCAUUUUUAAUAUAGAUUGUACUAUAUGAAUAUUUU